UGCACACCUCCUCACCAAGUUAGUUUCACUAGUUUUGGAUUUGCUUUCGGGGGUAAAGGACCUAACCUAAACACCUAGCAAAACUGAACAUCCAUCCUAAAAUAGGCCUGUUUCUGGUCCCGAUGUCAAGCCAAACUUUGUGGUGGAGGCAGGCACUGAUCCUAAGUGUUUUCUUAUUGAUACCACGCUGUAAAGCAUCCCUUUUAGUGGCCAUCAUUAACACCGAACCUUUGGAUGGAAACAGUGCUGAGGUGAGGGCCCACUUUAGUGUGAUCGCCCCUCUGCCUUGUCCAUCUCUCCUGGACAGUGUGUGCAAUGACGGCAAUUCAUUAUGCAUUGCACACACUGUUCCCUCCCCCCUGCAAGGAGGUCAGCCUUCCCCUGGUUGGUGUGUCCGCCAAUGGCAGAACACUGUACCCAGCCAGCAUUCCUCCAACAUUAAUCUGGGGUCCGAUGUUGGUGUUGUGCUCUCCACAAGAGCAGACCUGUCUACCCGCAAGGACACACGAAAGAUGAACCGGUCUCCAUUCUCAGCUCUGAUUCCUCCAAUCAGGGUAAAUACAAACUGCUCUCGUGACAUCCCCCUGAGUGUGUACGACCUCGAUGGAGAUAGAGUUAGGUGUCGAUACGCCCGUGAUGAUCUCGGAGAGUGCCAUGGGAACUGUCCGCAGCAUGCUUUUUUUCUGUUAGAUGAGGCGUCUUGCACUCUGAGGUACAAAGGAGGAGCAUCUGAGGGACAAUACUCUGUGAAGCUGAUGGUUGAGGAUUUUCCCGUUCCUAAACCUUUUGUCCAAAUGGAAGAAAAGGCAUUCAGUUCAAAUCCUAUCUUCCUCUCCAUCACAGUGGAGAACAAAUUAUCGGACUGUUCUGUGCUGCCUGUAUUUGUUGAUGAAAGCCCAGAUGAGAAUGCUAUGAUUUCUGUCCUGCCAUAUGAGGAGGUGAAAUUCAAUGUCACCAUUCGUUCAGAGGCUGAAAAUGUAUUGGAGAUGGCCAUUGCUGGUCCCCCCAGCCUGUACAUAUCCCCACUUCAAAAUACACAAGAAUCUGAGAAAUCAGUCACUCUGGCAUGGGUCAGAGGCCCUAAUGACCUCAGCCGUUUGCUGUCCAUUUGUUUCACUGCAAAUACUGACAGUUUGCAGUCGGAGAUUCGGUGCAUUUGGCUUCAGCAAAGACCUAUGAGCGACUUGCCCGCUGGCACAGAGCUUAACUGUAUCAACAGCACCAUGUCUCUGGUGCUUCCCAUCUCCACCAUGUCUGAUCUGCCCUUGAAUGACCUUCAGCUAAACGAUCCUUCCUGCGCCGUCUUCCACAACACUACUCAUGUGACUGCUAGCUUUUCACUGAGUAGUUGUGGCACGAAGACAGUGCACUCUGGUUCAGAGUUGGUGUACACAAACACACUGAGGAGCACUGGUGUGUCCUCCCCCAUCACCCGGCGGCCUACGCUGAUUCUGCCCCUGGCCUGCCGGAUCGCAGGGCGGGAAGCUCAGGGCCCCCACUACAAGGUCAUCAUUCCCACAGAGGAGAAGGUGUUUGGGAAGGUGAUCUUCUGGUUGGAGUUCCAUCGUCCAGGGGAAGGCCCGUUGGGCAAUUUAACCCGCAUCGGUCAGUUUAGGAGGUUUCCGAGGGAGGCUAGAGUGGCGAUGAAAGAGGUCAACAGACUGGAGGAGCUGGACUUGUACGUGUUCUCCAACAGCUCAAAUACACAGGCCCAGCUUCUCAUGGGUGGAUGCAAAGAAUCUGAGACGGAGGACUUUGCUGAUGCUUCUCCUAUUGUAGAGAAUGGGUGUAAACGUGACAACAAAAGUCUCGAAAUCCUCAUACAAACUCCGACGAUUAAGGUCUACCGACUUAACCUGGCUCAAAUCAAAACUGUGGGGAACACGAUGUAUGUCGAAUGUACAGUGAGCCUUUGCGUAACCACGCAGGCUACUGAUAGAUGCCCAGGGCCAUGUGAUCCUGUUAAUCCGAAUGUUCUAGUGACCUCGAUCCUUUCCAGUAACUAUACUGUGCGCUCUGGGCCAGUCCUCCUUCUGGGUAGAGAAGUAACAGCAACAACCACAGUCCCUAAAACAACCACCCCACUGACCACCACCACUACUACUCCCACUACUACUCCUACUACUACUACUGUUGCUACAACCGCAGCAAACACUACAGCAUCCUCAGCUUCAAAAAGGACUUCCAGCUUGGCUGCGGGAGUGAUCAUAGUGGUCUUUCACAUGGUCUUCCUGUGUCUUCUCCACUGAUAGAAGAGCAAUCAAGAUUCACCCCUGCAGACGAAACAACAGACUCACUUCACUUAAUCACUUACUGAACUCACACCUCUUAUUCUCUUACUUAUCCAGUGUGUAUUUAAAUCAAGUAAUUAUAUAGAAAUAAUACUGCCCAUUCAUAGUCCUUGCUCUGUAAAUAGGAAACAAACAGCAACCAGCAAUGUUGCUUCAGGGGCAAGGGGAGCUUGGUGUUUGAUUGGCUGUUUGAACUGAAAUAUCAACAACCUUUCACUAUGAUCAAGGACUGUAUAUCACGAUAGGGGUGUAACAGUGCACAAAAGUCAUGAUUAAGUACGUACCUUGGUGUUGAAGUCAUGGUUUGGUUAAUUUUCAGUACAGUAAUCCUCUAAGUACUCCUAGCCUAACAUUCACUGACAAUAUUACUGAUGCUCAGCACAUAUAGAAAUAGUGUUUUGAAAAGGUGUCAAAUGUUUUUUGGCAUGAAUUAACUAAAGGUGUGGGAACUCGAAUUUGAAACAUGGUCUGCGCGCAAAAAAGCCUGUACUGUUGAUUACCGUUUUUAAGACUGCAUUCAGUACACAUCUGUAUUGAAUCUGAUGUCCUGUACCUAUAUAGUUCGGUGUGUGAAAAUGUGUACCUUUACACCUCUAAUUCUUGAAUGAAUAACUAUGGAGCUAAA